GGGAGUUUGAGAGCUCAUGAACACCGAGGGAGAGGGGGAGGGGGAGUGUUUGUGGGGGAUGGCAAGACCGAGUAAAGAUGGAGGUCUGCGUGCCAGACCCGGCUGCGUGACACCUGGCCUGUCCCUCCCCUCUCUGAACCUCAGUUUCUUCCUCGGCCACUCGCGGGAGUCGGCCAUCGAAAGGUCUCUCCUGGCUUUUCUAUCUAUAAGAGCUUCACUCCCGGGGCCGAAGAUCUGAGAUGCGGGAGGGGUUGCCUAGGAAACCAGGAGGAACUCCGCCCCUUCCUAGCAACGCGACCACAUGCCCUUGAAAAGCGAAGCUCUCUCUGCCUUGUCCCUCAGCAGCUUCCGUAGAACGCCCCGCCUCAGAGCAACCACGUGAUACAAACACCGGCACUUCCGAUUCUUCGGUUUCCUCCACCCCUCGGCCACUCUCGGCCCCUCCCGGUGCCCCGCACCAGCGCCCAGCGUAUCCGGAACUGCCGAGUCUGGGUCCCGGUGGAGGCGGAGGCGGCGCCAUGGCGGAGCGGACGGCUCUGGAGAGUCUCAUCGAGAUGGGCUUCCCGCGGGGGCGCGCGGAGAAGGCUCUGGCUCUCACAGGGAACCAGGGCAUCGAGUCUGCGAUGGACUGGUUGAUGGAACAUGAAGGUGACCCGGAUGUGGAUGAGCCCCCAGCUUCCCCCCUGGGACACUCCUUGGGGCAUGAACCCCCCUCCUAUCGGGGAGGCAGCCCUGAAGGGCCUGGGUCAGCGAGGGUGGAAGAGAAGCCACCUCUGAGUGAAGAGGAGAAGCGAGAACAGACCAAGAGGAUGCUGGAGCUGGUGGCCCAGAAGCAGAAGGAACGAGGAGAAAGGGAGCAACGAGAAGCAGUAGAGCGGGAGAGGCGACGGAGACGGCAGGGCCAGGAACUCUCGGCCGCACGGCAACGGCUACAGGAAGACGAGAUGCGCCGGGCAGCUGAGGAGCGGAGAAGGGAGAAGGCUGAAGAGACAGCGGCCAGACAGCGAGUCCGGGAGAAGAUUGAGAGGGAUAAAGUAGAGAGAGCCAAGAAGUUUGGUGGCACCGGAUCACAGAUGUCCUCCCCUACAACGGAGCCAGCCCCUGUUCCUUCUUCUCCCAGCCAGGAGCCUCCCACCAAGCGAGAGUAUGAUCAAUGUCGAAUCCAGGUUCGACUGCCUGAUGGGACAUCCCUGACACAGACAUUCAAGGCCAGAGAGCAGCUGGCUGCAGUGAGACUCUAUGUGGAGCUCCAUCGAGGGGAGGAACUAGGGAGUGGCCAGGACCCUGUACAGCUGCUCAGUGGCUUCCCCCGGCGGGCCUUUUCUGAAGCUGAUAUGGAGAGACCACUGCAGGAGCUGGGACUUGUGCCUUCCGCUGUCCUCAUUGUAGCCAAGAAGUGUGCCAGUUGAAAGGGUCUCAGCCUCCUCGCCUUUCCCCUCAAAACUCCCCCCCACCCCACAGAGCACUGACACCCACUUCCUAAUAAACAAAUCCUGAGUCAUGUA